CUCUCAGAGCCUCCCAAAAUAAUCGCCAGGCUCUCGGAAAUAGGGAUCUGUGAGCGUUUAGAUCGGUCUACAAACUCCUGCUGGCUUUAGGAUCUUCUGUGCUUCUACAUAAGGCUAUGCUUCAGUACACCAUCACCUCAACGCACUCUUUACAGUGUCAGAGAACAAAUGGAAUAAUGCACGUGUUUAAUGUCAGCGGUGCGGCAGCACGUUAGAGAGCACCAUGGUGAACAAGGAGGAUUUGGAAAAAAGCCUGAAAAAGCUGCUUGUGCGGCUGAAGAACAAUUUAGAGGAGGGAAAGCAGUUAGGCACCAUGGUCCAGAUCAUCCAGGAUCUCCUGUUUCUGGCACACACAGACGAGUGCGCAGAAGAGCUGUUUAAAGACAAAGAUGUCCAUGAGCCACUGAUGCUGCUGCUCUCAUCUUGCAGCAACAGCAAACUUCAGCAGGUGGGAUGGUCCUUGCUGUGCCGGUUGAUGGAGAUCUGUCCCACCACCCUGGACAAGCUGGUCCAACCUCUGCGAGCUGGAAAGGACUGGGAGGUUCUAGGGGUGCACCAGCAGAUUCUAAACAUGCUGACUUUGUAUCAAAAAGACCUGAAGGUGGUAAUGGUAGGGCUGCGAGCUCUAGCCUUGUUGCUGAGGUCAGAUGAGCUGACGUUGCUGGUACUAGAGGAGGAGAUGGAUGUGUUUGAGCUGGUGGUGGAGGCCAUGAAAGCUUUUCCUCACAGUGAGGAGCUGCAGCUCCAGGGCUGCUCUGCUCUCUGCCAGCUGCUGGAGAGAGUUCCAGAGGAACAUCAGGUGGAGUUUAUUGAGAAGAAGGAUCAUGCUGUGGUUCUGAAUGUGCUCAGGAGGUUCAAGGACAGUGAGAAUGUGGUGUUGUCUGCACUGCAGGUUCUCAUGCCAUUGGCUGAGCCUGCAAGCAAUGUAGAGAUUCUGAUGUCCAAGACUGAAAAAUGCUACAGCUUAGUGUGUCAGGCAGUGGAGGCGUUCUCACAGUCGGAGGCUGUUCAGGAGGUGGGGUGCUGCCUGCUGCGGAAAUUUACUUCAGAAAGUUACUUCAAUAUCUUGGUGCUGAAUGGUGUGCACAGAGUGGCAGUGAAAGCAUGUCUCUCCUACCCUGACAAUGGCAAGAUCCAGGCGGCUGCGCUGUCCUGUCUGGCUGCACUCACAAAGACAAUCCUGGAGAAUGAAGACCUCAAGAAGACAUGCAGUGAGGUUGAGGACGAAAGAGGUAAAGGAGAUGGUGAGGACAAUAACGAUGAGGAAAGCCUGGUUUGGAGAGAGGCUUGCUGCACAGCUUUGGAGAGACAUAGUGACAAUGCUGAAGUGCAGGAGGCUGCUUGCUGGGCAUUAAACAGCUUGCUGCUCUAUGGCAGUGCACGCAAUAUAUAUGAGGAACCCAAAGAAAGGCCUCCUGUGUAUAUACAGGUCAUGACUGUGAUGCUUGUGCACUCCUCAAGUUUUGGUGUGUUUCAGGCUGCUGCAUCUACGUUGGGCACACUUGUACGUCGACACAGUAAGAUGAGGUCUAGGCUCCUGGCCAGUGGCAUUCAUUACAACAUUGUGGAUCUGAUGAAGAGACAUGCCAACUCAAGUGAAGUGUGUGACAGUGCCUGCAGGCUUCUAUACACACUUUUCCAGGGAGGGAGUGUGAGUCUGGACGAAGGGACCAUGGCUCUAGAUCAGAUUUUGAUUGCCAUGAAGGAUCAUAAUUUCCAGCCUGAGGUACAGUUGGAAGGUCUGAGAGCCAGUUUGGUGCUCCUCAACCCUGACCGCAGUUUGAGGGAGCAUGGUGUAUCCGUAGCGGAUCCAGACACGUCAGAUGUGGCUCUGAGAGUGCUAAAAAAUCAGUGUGUGGUAGAGGAAGCUCAUACUGUCUACCUUCAAGCCUUAAACAGGUUCAUCAGCAGUGAGGACAUUCAGGAGUGUGGACUUGCUGUUCUAACUGUGCUGGCUGAUUGUUCUGGAGCUGCUGAUGUAAUGUGCCAGCAGGGGGCGAUAGACACUGUGCUGCACACACUACAGAUGUUUCCUCAGAAAAGCAAGAUUCACUACUGGGGUCUGAGCCUCCUUUUUCUGCUCAUCUCAAAAAAGAAGCUGUCACACAUGAUGGUGCCCGUGUUGGUGUCUGUUCUCGUCGCCUCUGUGAGGCAGCACAAGGGCAGUGCAGAGAUGCAGCUAAAAGGUUUUCAGGUGAUAUGGAAACUUUUGGACACCUGCUCAGGAGCAGCGGCUGAGCUGGAGAAAGAAGGCUUUGAGAAAGAGAUCUUCCAACAGCUGAGGGAAAGCUCUCCUGAUCAUAAAUAUGAUCUAAAGCUAAGCUGCCUGUGUCUGUCGAAAAUGGUGGUGGAUAGUGAGAUCCACUACCGCAUGCUGGAGAGGGCAUGUGAGGAGGGCGAUGUCAUCAUGGCUGAGUGUCUUAUACAGCUGGGAACUGAUGUAAAUAAGAAAACCAAGACAGAGUCUCUGAUAUAUCAGGUGUGUGAGCGUGGUGGGCCGCUGGCUCUGGUCGAGGUGCUGGUCAGCAGUGGUGUGCAUGAGCAGCAGUUGCGUGGGGCUCUAAGUGUGUGUGUGAGGAGGAGAGACGGCCCUCUGGUUGUCCUCCUGCUGGCUCGUCUCGGUCUGGACCCCACCAACAGCGCCCUCUGCUUGGGAGGCUUCAGGCUCGGCCAUCUCGAGGCCACAUGGCUCAAUGCACUGCUCUCCGAACGCAAAGUUCACUCUAAUGCUCAGAAGAGGAAUAGUAAAGGGCAGUGGCUGGCAAGACAGAUAGAGUUCCUGCAGAAGAAGAGGAGUCUUGGUGUUUUGGAGUCACAGAGUGUUGUGAACACUUCAGAAUAUUUCUCUGAUGAUGAGAGUGAUGACUCUUUUCACACAUCUCUGGAUGGCAGUGUGUUUUGUACAUUUGAAGACAUGGAGAGUGAUGGAAGUGAUAGCCCUGCUUCAGGGAGGACCUACUGUGAUUCACCAGAUGAAUUGAGGGGGCGCUCUAAAGUGAGGCAGCAGGAGCGAUCCAGACGUGCCAUUUCAGAAGGUGACCCCGAGCUCAAUGAUUCCUUUAAAAAGAGACUGGCAAGCAGGAAGGGCAAGACCCAAAGAGGACUGGUGUUUUCUGAGAGUUCCUCCCCUGGUGGAUCACUGUCAAGUGUGGACAGAGAUCAUAUUAGACUGCUCGAUCUAUCAGGCAAUGAGCUAGACUCUCUCUCAUGCUUGAUGGAUGAUGGUACUGUCCAACAACAGCUUGAGCAUCUCCUACGUCUGGAUUUGAGCAGCAACAGUCUAGCAGAGUUUCCCAGCGCUCUCUGUCAGAGCUUGCGAAGCCUCACUCGACUGGAUCUCCAAGGCAACCAGUUGCAAUCAUUUCCUGCUGAAUUGUUGAGCCUACCCUCUUUAAGCAUGCUGAAUGUGUCACGAAACUGUAUCGGUCCUGAGCUCUGUUUGGACCCACAUGUGUGCUGUCCAACGCUCCACCAGCUGAAUCUUUCUUACAACCACAUCACUGUUUUUCCAUACAAUCUCAGCCAAGUCAUGAAAAAUCUAGAAGAACUCUCACUUGAGGGGAAUCAAAUCUCGGAACUCUCCCUUCCUGUCUGUCUUGCUGAAAUGAAGGUGUUUGAUGUUUCAAAGAAUAAAUUAACAAUGAUCUCUGACGGCUUAUUGUCUGCAUGCACCAAGCUGGAAACAUUCAAUGCCUCAGUUAACCAUCUUAGUUGUUUGUUACAACUUCCUUCUAAAUUAACAACACUGAAAUUAUCCCAGAACAACUUUGAAAGUGUUCCUGAAUCAGUUAUCAAUCUACCAAAUUUGCGGUCGUUGGACAUGAGGAGUAACAGUAUCAGGGUUCUGCCAGGUCCAGCUGCCUGGACCAGUGCUAACUUAAGAGAGCUGAUAUUCAGCGAGAACCAGAUCUCUGUGCUGGACCUCAGAGAACCUGUGUAUAAGUGGAUCCGUCUGGAGAAACUGCAUCUGAGUGAUAACAAGCUCACUGAGCUUCCUCGUCAGAUCGGGCUGUUGGAGGAGUUGACCUCUCUGGAUGUCAAUGGUAACGCUGGUCUGCGCUCUUUCCCUGAUGAGAUGGGUAAGCUGGUUCGGCUGUGGGAUUUGCCCUUGGACAGACUGCAGCUACAACUGGACCUCAAACACAUCGGUAACAAGACCAAAGACAUUGUCAGACACUUUCAGCACCGUCUGAAGAAGGCUGUUCCGUAUUUCCGGAUGAAGCUAAUAGUGGUGGGGAAUGCAGGCAGUGGGAAGACCACUCUGAUCCAGCAACUGAUGAAGCUCAAGCAUUCUCAGUGGUACUGUGACACAAACUCUUUGAGCAUCACUAUCAGAGACUGGAGCAUCAGAGACCGUGAUAGGAAAAACAUGGUCCUGAAUGUGUGGGACUUCUCAGGUGGAGAGGAGUACAGUGGCUCCUAUUCUCAGUUCAUGAGUUCCAGAGCCCUCUACUUGGUGCUAUAUGACCUGAGUAAAGGAGCCAGUGAGCUGGACACCAUCAGACCCUGGCUCUUCAAUAUCAAAGCACUCGCCCCUGUCUCAUCUGUGAUUCUGGUUGGCACUCAUUUGGACGUAUGUGAAGAUGGCUUGGUACAGGAGUGUGCACUUAAGAUUCAGGAGGAGGUGUUGUCCCAGCCGCUUUUCCCAACCAUUAGGGAGCGCCACAUGCUGUGUGCCCGUGAGGAGUCAGACUCUAUCAGCAGACUGCGCAAGGCCAUCGCCAGAGAGGCCAGCAGUUUUAAGAUCCAGGGGCAGCCGGUGAUGGGGCAGCUGGUUCCAGAUUGUUAUGUUGAGCUGGAGCGGAGGAUUCUGAAGGAGCGGCGCCGUGUGUCUGAUGAGUUUCCUGUGCUCAGACACCAACGCCUCCUGCAGCUCGUUGAGGAGAGCCAGCUGCUUCUGGAGGAAGGAGAACUUGCUCACGCAGUUCGAUUCCUCAGUGAGACUGGUGUGCUCCUGCACUUUGAUGACCCUGCACUGCAACUCAGAGACUUGUAUUUCAUUGAUCCCCAGUGGCUCUGCAACACCAUCUCACAGAUUCUGACUCAGAAGAGCCUGUGUGAGAACUCUAGGGGGGUGAUGCAGCGCUCAGUUGUGGAGAAAUUUCUCAGUGAGAGCCGCUGCUUCCCAAAAGGUCACUUCAUGCACUACUUCAAACUGCUGGAAAAGUUCCAAAUCGCCUUGCCCUUGGGAGACGAGCAGCUACUGGUGCACUGCAGCUUGUCUGAUCACAAGCCAGUGAUUGAGAUUCCUCACUGUGAGAAUUCAGAGAUCAUUGUGAGGGUCUAUGAGAUGCCUUAUUUCCCUAUGGGCUUCUGGUCCAGACUGAUCAGCCGGCUUCUGGAGGUCUCCUCACUCAUGCUCCAGGGUAGAGAGAAAGCUUUGAGGCCAAACCGAAUUUACUGGAGGACAGGGGUAUACCUGAACUGGUCUGCUGAGGCGUACUAUCUAGUGGAAGCCUUCGCAGAUGUGAACAGCCCUGCCAGCUUUGUUAAGAUCACUGUGCCUUGCUCCCGUAAAGGUCAUGUGUUGUUAGGCCAGGUGGUUGAUCAUAUUGACUCUGUGCUGGAGGAGUGGUUUCCUGGCCUCCUCAACACUGAUAUACAAGGUGAUGGGGAGACACUGCUGAAGAGGUGGGCAUUGUACAGUUUCGAUGACACUCAGGACUGGAACAAGAUGCUGCUGCAGGAUCUACUCAAACACACUAAUAAAGAUGGUCUGUUGGUGAACCCAGAGGACCCUCACUGUACAAUCCCCACCUCCCAGAUCUGCCCUGACCUCAUUCUGAGUGACCAGCCAGCUAGUAUCAUGUUGGACCCUGAGGAGCUAGAAAUGGAUCUUUCCGAAGAGUACCUGCUUGGAAAUGGAGGCUUUGGCUCAGUGUACAGAGCAAUAUACAAAAAUGAAGAGGUUGCUGUGAAGAUUUUCAACAAACAUGCAGCAGAGCUCUAUGUUCAUAGAUUAGUAAGACAGGAGUUGGCUGUAUUAGGCAGACUGCGCCAUCCCAGUGUUGUGGAUCUACUGGCUGCAGGAAGCUCCCCCCAUGUGCUGGUGAUGGAACUGGCUCCAUGUGGUUCUCUCGACUCACUGUUUGAACAUGAAAAUGGCAGCCUGAAUCGCAAACUGCAGCAUAGGAUCGCACUACAGGUGGCUGAUGGUCUCAGAUAUUUGCACUCUUCAAUGAUAAUCUACCGGGACUUGAAACCUCACAAUGUGCUGCUGUUCAAUCUUAAGACUGACUCAGAGAUGAUAGCUAAGCUCACUGACUAUGGCAUUGCUCAGUACUGCUGCAGCAUGGGAGUCAAGAGCUCUGAAGGCACUCCAGGGUUCAGAGCACCAGAGGUUGCUCGUGGUAACGUGAUCUAUAACGUACAGGCAGAUGUUUAUUCAUUUGGCCUGCUACUAUAUGAUCUUUUGACCUGCGGAGAGAGAAUAUCAGAUGGUCUGAAGUUCCCCAGCGAGUUUGAUGAAAUAGCCGUGCAAGGAAAGCUACUGGACCCAGUGAAACACUACAAAUGUUCACCCUGGCCGGGGUUUCAGAACCUAAUGAAGGAGUGUCUGAGAGAGAACCCAGAGAGCAGACCCACAUCUGCACAGGUGUUUGACUGUCUGAACUCAGGAAACAUGCUGUGUCUGCUUAGUGAGCUGACUCUGCCUGGGCUGUCCUGCGAGUGUUUCACUGUCUCCUGUCCCAGUGGUGGUUUGGGUGGAAGUGUCAAUGGUGGUGCUGGGGCUCAAGUGUGGAUGGGAGGUGGCAGUAGCAGCCAGAAGCUAGGCUUUGUCACAUGUGUGGAUGUAGAGACAGAGAAAUGGUCCACACGGGAGAUUGACCAAAGCCCCGUCCUCUGCCUGGUGACUGUCAGAGUGCCUGGAGAGGUCCAUGACUGGUUAGUUGCAGGAACGCAGAGUGGCUCACUGGUGGUUAUGAACACAAGGAACAUUACAGUUUUGCACUGUUUACAGAGUACAAAGGAUGCAGUGACCUCAAUGUUCUUCCACACGCCUUCUCAACGCAGCCGCUUAAAGAACUACCUUUUAGUGGGAACAGCAGAUGGAAUGCUUGUCAUUUAUGAAGAUUCAGUUAUAAAGUGUGCUGAUGGUGCUCCAGUUAAGCUUGUGCAGGUUGGGAAUGUGAACACACCCCUGAUGUGUCUGGCUCCAUCUGGCCACUAUCAGGACCGUACCACUCUGUGGGCUGGCUGUGGCACGAGGGUGAUCUCUCUCACUGUGGACUAUGACAUCUCUAAGAGUAUAGACACCAGUCUGCAGUGUCUGACCAACAGUGAAGCAUGUAUCUCUCGGCUAGUCGUUGAGAAGUAUGUGUAUCUGAGCAAAAAUGGAGGACACCGUGUAGAGGUGUGGGAUAAGAAGAGUGGAAAGAUGAUUGAUUUCAUCGACUGUGUGCAGUUACUCAGAUUGUCUUGUGUGCCAAACAGGAAGGUCAGAGCUGGGAGUGCUGACAGUUUAAAAGAAAUGGAGUCAUUGUGGGCUCGUGUGAAGUCUCUGCUGGUCCAGCAUAACGGCACGCUGUGGAUAGGCACUGGAUCUGGACACAUCCUGCUGGUGGAUCUGUCUACACGUCAGCUACUGCAGGUUAUCAGCCCUGGCUGCCAUUCAGUGCGCACUAUGGCAUCUCUGCUGAUCGGAACACAAGGCCAAAAAAGUGUGAUUCUGAUGUUGGGCACACGUGUUCGAAUGUCUCAAGAGAAGAUCAAGUCUCAAUCAGAUAAGGAUACUGUGUUGAUGAUGUGGAGUAGUACCCUGUCUCAGGAAAUAAAGGAUCUGAACAGACACUGUGAGCUGAGACAGCAGAUUGCAUACAAAAUGCAAGAACAGGCCAAUCACUGAACCUUAUUCUCACAUCUGCCAAACUUGACACUAGUGUAAAUUAUCACCACUUCAUUGUUCACUAAUUAUGAAUUUGUGUCAUUUCAUUUGGAAAUGAAAAAGGGAUCCAUGUGUGUAUUCACUCUGUUGGUAGACAUGUUGCACAAUUAAGGAAAAGCUCUUUUUAUACUCAUUUUUAUAUAUCUUUUGUCUGGUCAGCAUUGUCUUGUAUACCACCCUUCUUCACAGUAUAAAAGCUAACUUGUCUCAUAAUAUUCAUUUUCAACAUUUAAAAUGGCAUCUACAGAUGUAUGAUUUUACCUACAUUAAAUUAAAUUAAUUUUAAAUUCUCGUAGUUCAGGCUGCUGGAGAAUUGUAUAGAAUGGUCACACUGUGAUGAAAUCUUUCAUAGCUUGUGCAAUCACAUCAGCGAUCCUCAAGCUUGAUAGCAGUUUAGUGAUUCCGUUUUAGACUAUGGUGGAACUAAAGCCUGGAUGACUGUAGGAAUGGUGGCCUAGAGGCUUGCAGCAUUAUAUGACUGAACAAUCCAUGUUACUGUAAACUGUAAGGUGCAGCAGAAUGUUUGUUUUCUCUCCCCUUACAUGCCAGUCUUAAAAAAAACAGCAAAAGAUUUGUUGAUUCCAGGGUAUAUGCUGUAUAAUUAUAAAAUAACACUAUAAUAAUAAUUAUAAAAUAAUACUAUAUUUACAAUUAUGUAAUACUUCAUCAGAAUAUCUGAUUGUUUUGCUCUAAUGUGCCGACAAAUUUAUCGCUCCCUCCCCCCAAGUUCUCUAAGGGUUUCUUAAAGGUUCUUUGCUUCCAAAAGUGUGCCACCUUAGGACUCUCUGUAAUAAGGAAACUGUCUGUUGUACAGGAUCACGUAGAACCUUUAAGAGCUCGACCAGAGGGACAAGCCCAAGAACCCUCUUUGUUUGUUUAUGUGUGUGUGUUUGUACAGAUUUGCUUACAAUUUCAUAGAUUAUUUUGCAAAGGGAUUGUAACUUUGUUACUUCGCUGGGACUACUUGUGAAAGAACUGGACAAUAAGCCAAAGAUAGAGCAUUUACAGCAAUGUAUUGCUUAUUUUUACUCAAAAUAUGAAUGUGCAUGCCAAUGUAAUAUUGUAUUGUUAUUGUUCUGUUAAGAAAAAAUAAUUAUUUGACUUUUAUUUUUGUUUUGUUAUUAUAAAUGAUGUUUCUCUUUUAUAUUUAGUCAUGUAUCUAUUAACAAGGACUUCAAGAUACAUUUACAGGCGUCAUAGAAGUGGAUAGUUGCUGAUAGGUAAAGACCUAACAAAAACUUACAUGUAUACAGUAUAUAAUAAGUAGUAGAGCCAUAAUUAAGUAGAAUAUUAAUACAUCUUUAGAAAAGAAGAGCUUCUAGUUUUUUAUGAGGGAUGAAGCAAUUUGCAGGUUUGUGAAGGCCAUAGAAAGUAUUAGAGGUUGGAAUUUGUGGAAUUUGUUUAGCAUUGUAGAAUAAAUGCAGUGCAGUGCUAUAGUCAUUUACCAGACGAAUACCUAAGCAAUUGGUACAAUGUUUGGUACAAUGUUUGGUGAUCAUGACAGAGCUUUUUAAACUGCACAUGAAUAUAAUUUCAGAUUGUUCAUAUAACAUAGGAAUUUGGAUAAACAUGAACUGGACAUUUAUUGAAUUUAAUGUGUUUAAUCACAUGAUAGUACUAACGCAUUGCACUAGCUGCACUAACAUGAAAAUGUUUUGUUGCUGAUUUUCACUUACACUUUAAAGAGUUCAGUGCUUCUUGUUUAAGGGUCCAACAAUAAUCUUCCAAUAUUGAUGAAUUCCAGUUUCACUCGUGCUGGUUUUUCAUUGUCGCAAUCACUUGGGGAAACUUUUCACCAUAUUCAUCACUGACUACACCAAGAUUUGCAGGAAAGUCUUAAGUGCGAAUGUAAAAAAUGAAUCUGUAGUGACAUAUUGCAUGCUAUGGUUUUGUAUGCUUGACACAUUUUUUUCAACCAGCUGGAUGUAUGAUGUAGAACAACAUUCUUCCAUAAAAUUCUCUCCAGCCGCACUAGAAGCUCUUCAAACAGCAUGUAAUGGAAGUACUGUUUGAUUUGUGGACCUUUAUCUUGGCAUCAGUUAUUUUAGGGGAAAUACCUGUAUCAAGUAUUAAAAUCCUUGUAUAUACAAAUUCUUUCAUCAGCCCAAGGAGGCAGAAAUAUAUUUAUUGAGUUGACAAAUGCUUUAUGUGCCAUGUUUUUGUGUCCUGGAACCAAAUGCUUAUGGCCUGGCCAGUCCUUAAUGUAAUAAGACACUUUCUUAAUGUAAUAAGACACACCUAUUCACAAAUGAAACAACAGUAGUUGUUGUAUGCAAGCUGCAUUCCUAGCUUCAGCACCACUGCUUUCAGAUCACCACAGAUGUUCCAGAUGUAGUUGCUUCACUGUAUGUGUUUCAGUAAGACUUCCAUAUUCAUAUACAUUUCCUUCAUGUGUACUGCAUAGCCAGUUGGUACUGAAGGAUGGGCAUUGCCGUUGUGACUGUUGUGGGUCAUGUUCAACCCAUCAGUGUGAGUGCAGAAACACACACUGAUCAAAAGAAAAUUGUCAAAUAUUCUUGGUAGCUGUAAAGGAUUUAAAUUUUUGUUCCCUUUUGGGGGAGUUCUUUAGGUUUUUUUUUAUACCAACCUAAACAAGUCCUUAAACUCAAACUGUGUUACAAACUGUGUUACUGUGUAUGCAAUUGGACCAAAUUAUGGAUCAGUGUCUCUUUCCAGUUUAGCCAUGUGCAUCCUGGCAUCUUCAUCUGCGCAUUUUAUGCUCCAUGUCCCUGGUGGCCUCGGUACUGGCAGCCCUAUUUAUCAUGUAGCGCUGACCUGAUUUCUGACGGUAAAUUGAGACAUUCAGUAGAUUUUUUGUUCUUAGCAGAAAAACCAGAGACACUGGUCAGAAUAAACAGUCUGUUACCUGAUCCCCCUGCUCUCAGUACCUCUGAGCUAAGCUCUAAGAUGGACAGUACAUGUUGCACAACAUAUGUGAGAAGCUCAGGCUUUGUCUUGAUCAGGCUUUCUUAAUAAGUGCAGUCAUGCUCUGUCUGAGAUUUAAGUGUAUACUCACCACAAAUGUAACAGAAUGCAUUGUAGCUGUUCUGACAUUAGUGUGACAUUUCUGACAUUCUGACAUUUCUAUAGAAAUUCCACCUGAUAAACAGCUUUAUUGCAAGUGCACACUAAAAUACACCUACUGAGCAUGCACAUCAGCAUGGAUACAAACCAAUAACAGCACAAUCAAUCUGCAGUGGUGUAUGUGAAUGCAUUUAUGCCUUGUCUAACACCUGUGCUGUCAGCAUCUACAGUGCC